AUGGCGAUCUUUUCAAUAAAAGCGGAGAGUGCUCCGGGGCCGGACGGUAUGACAGGUUUGUUCUUCCAAAAGUUUUGGGAUGUUAUUGGAGAUCAAGUGACUAAAGAGAUACAGGAAGUCUUCAUUUCUGGUGUCUUACCUAGUGAUUGGAACUUCACCCAUAUAUGUCUAUUGCCUAAAGUGCAGAAUCCAGAGAAUAUGACGGAUCUCCGACCGAUAAGCCUCUGUUCUGUCCUCUACAAAGCUGUAGCUAAGAUUCUCGUGACUCGUAUGCAGCCGCUACUGGGAUUAGUGGUCUCAAUAAAUCAAUCAGCCUUUGUUAGUGAAAGAUUAAUAUCGGAAAACAUCAUCAUAGCUCAUGAGGCGGUCUAUGCUUUGAAGGUCCAUCCAGUCGUUGCAAAUGAGUUCAUGGCCGUGAAAACGAACAUGUCGAAAGCCUAUGACAGGGUUGAGUGGAGCUACAUUAGAAGUCUCUUGCUGGCGUUAGGUUUCUGUGACAAAUGGGUGGAGUGGAUAAUGAUGUGUGUUACUUCGGUAACCUUCUCGGUGCUAAUAAACGACCAACCCUUUGGUCUGAUCACUCCCCAAAGAGGGAUCCGCCAGGGGGAUCUUCUCUCGCCCUUCCUGUUUGUCCUUUGCAUAGAAGGUAUUUCACAUCUGUUGAACUUAGCAGAGCAGUCAAGUCUCAUUCACGGGCUGAGCUUCUCUAUCAAUGGCCCGGCAAUUCAUCGUCUGUUGUUUGCGGACGACAGUUUAUUCAUGUGCAAAGCGGUGGUGGAACAGGCUACGGUGCUUAAUAAAAUUCUGAUAUUCUAUGGCAAAGCAACUGGCCAAACCAUUAACCUACAAAAAUCUUCCAUAUUCUUUGGUGAAGGGAUUAUGGAUGAAGAGAGGCUGAAGAUUCAACAGAUUUUGGGUAUAUGGAAUGAAGGGGGAGCCAGCAAAUACUUAGGAUUGCCGGAGUGUUUUUCGGGCUCCAAAGUAGAAUUGUUUUCCUUUCUAAAGGAAUGUACAGAAGGAAGAGUGGAGGGAUGGUACAUGAGGAAACUAUCUCAGUCAGGAAAAGAAGUUCUGCUCAAAUCUGUGAUCACUUUUCUACCGAGCUCAGACGUUCAUAUUCGGAAAAUCCACUGGGUAGCGUGGGAUAAAUUGUGUCUCCCUAAGUAUCUUGGUGGGAUUGGAUUUACAAACCUAGAAUGCUUUAAUCAAGCAUUGCUAGCGAAACAGGCGUGGAAGCUCCUUACAUCUCCUCUCAGUUUGUUAUCUCUCUUCCUCAAAUCAAGAUACUUCCCGCUAGUAGAUUUCUUCUCUGCCUCUUUAGGAGAGAGACCAUCUUAUGUGUGGAAAAGCUUAUUGUUUGGCAGGGAAUUGUUACUAAAAGGUCUAAUGUAUCGGGUGGGGAAUGGACGCAAGACGAGAGUGUGGGCUAAUAGAUGGUUAGAUGAUCCAGUUGAAGGGUUGAGGGCUCCUUGGGUGAAGAACAUCACAUUUGAUGUGAAUCUCAUGGUUUCUGAUCUUAUUGACUCAUCAUCACGGAAUUGGAACCUUGCAGUGCUAAAUGAUCUCUUUGUCCCUGGUGAUGUGAGUAUCAUAACUGCCAAGCUACCUACGGUUGAUCGUGAGGAUUUUUGGGUGUGGAGAUUCAAUCACAGUGGAAAUUUUACGGUUAAAUCAGCUUAUUGGUUGGCAACCUCAACAAAGGUCUCAGUUGGUAGGAGGGAAGCUGAGUCGUUACCCUUCCUAUGCCCGUUAAAGGAGCAAGUUUGGAAGGUGAUAACAGCUCCAAAGAUCAGAGUGUUUCUCUGGAAAUGUUUGAGUAAUGCUCUUCCAGUAGCGGAGUUGAUAUCGGAGAGGGGUAUGAAAGUGGAUAUGAGAUGUCAGCUUUGCGGUCUUGAAGGAGAAUCAAUCAAUCAUACCCUUUUCGAGUGCUGUGUAGCAAGACAAGUAUGGGCCUUAUCUGGAAUGCCUCACCCGCGUAAUGGUUUCUGUGAUUCCUCCAUCUUUGCAAAUGUUAAUUACCUUCUCAAGAUGUCCAAGAAUCUUGGGAUUCAAGAGAGGGCCAGAAGAUCAUGGCCAUGGCUCCUGUGGAACUUAUGGAAAAAUAGAAAUCAUUUGAUCUUUGAAGGAAUCUCCUUUUCGUGUACAGAGAUAGCUAGGAAAGCUGCUGCAGAUGCUAAUGAAUGGUUUAUGGCUCAUAGAAUUGAAGAAGAAUGGUUGCGGUUGGAAGAAACCCCGGCGGUGGUAGCUGUAGAGAAGUGGAGACCGCACCGUCAGAACUGGUUUAUGUGCAACAUAGCAGUGGAUUGGGCGAAGUACUCGUUGCUAACUGGUGGUGCUUGGGUCUUGCGUGAUGAAAAGGGAGUGGUGUUAUGUCACAGUCGUCGUACAUUUGGUCAGUUUUCUUCCAAAGAACAAGCUAAGGAGACCAUAGUGUUAUGGGCGGUUGAGAGUAUGAGAAGUCAGAAGGUGAGCAGGGUGAUCUUCACUGGGGAGUUUAAAGAAAUUUUUGGAGCUGUAAAUAUGCCCUCAGCGUGGCCAUCCUUUUGCCAGCAAGGUGACAAUGUCCGUAGAGCGGUGGUAGGUAUUGCUGAAUGGGAAGCCUUAGUGAUCGACAAGAAUUUUAAUAGAGGUGCUUCAUUCAUUGCUCAAAGUGUCAUGAAUUGUGGCUUCACUCAAUCUUAUGUUUCAUCAGGUCAUCCAAGGUGGUUACAUGAUCUCUUUGUCGAUGAAAGGAGUGCCCUCUAA